AUGGACCAAGGGUCGAGCAACCAGUCGUCGUCCUCGCGGCGGCCACGGCGGGCACCUCCCAUCUCCUUCCUGAACAGCAAGUCGAACCUCAAGCGCAGCCAGUCAUCGGCCGCCGCCUACUCGUCCUCGCCCGGCCCAGCCACGGCCUCGUCCCUCCCGCCCGCGAGCGCCCUGCACCGCUCGCCCUCGCUGCUCGCCUCCGUCACCGAGAGCCAUCACCAGCAGCACCAGCAGCACCACCCCGCGAGCGCCGGCGACAGCGCCCAGUACUUGCCCGUGGCGUUGACGGGAGCGCCCUUCAACGACAUUCUCCAGGAGGCUCUGCACGCCUCGCGCUCCCCCAACAGCAGCGCGACACGUCGCCCGCCCGGCCCCCAGCACGCCUUCACGGCCGACCAGCCCUUCAAGCACCGCCCGCAGCUGCGCCAGUCGGCCUCGCACACCUCGCUCGCCCGCAACAUGGACGCCCCGCCAUCGGGCUCCAAGAGCCCGCGCAACCGCUACAGCGACGAGGGCGAGAGCGUGCUCGCGAAGAGCAGAAAGGCCGACGUCGGCAAGAAGAAGGGCACCUUCUCGACCUUUAUGAGCAACAUGCUGGGCUCGCCGCGCCGGCCCACCAUCUCGACGCCCACCAACCCCAUGCACGUCACCCACGUCAGCAUUGACAACGCAACGGGCGAGUUCACGGGCCUGCCCAAGGAGUGGCAGCGCAUGCUGCAGCAGAACGGCAUCACCGAAAACGACCAGCGCAACCACCCGCAGACGGUCGUCGACGUCGUCAACUUCUACCAGGACAAUGCGCAGAAGACCGAGGACGAGGCCAUCUGGGACAAAAUGGGCCCCGUGCAUCCCCAGGGCCCUGCGUACCAGGCGAACGGUACUCCCACCCAGAGCUCCGCCCAGUCUCUCCUCAGCCCACCGCAGAGCCCCCGCUUUCCGCGCAACGAGCUGGACAGCUUCGAAAACCCCCGCGCUCCACCCCCCAUCCCUCGCAGUGUCACCUCGCCCAUCGUGGGCUCGGCCCAGCACAAUGUCGCGCUUGUUCCCAGCCGACCAGCUCCCAGAGCGCCAGGCCCCGCCGCCUCCUCAGCCAACCCCGUGCCUGCGCGUCCUGCCCACCCUGCUCCCGCUCCGAUCAACACGCAACAGCCCAUGCACGUGCCGCAUCAAGGCAACGACUAUCCCCAGGUGGGUUAUGCCCCUCCGUCAGCCACCGAGAGUCCCCUUGGCGCCUCGUCCGCGCCUCGCAGUCGAGCAAACACUACGGGAGGCACCCCGCCGCGCCACGAUUCCCCGUCUAGCGCCACUGCUAUUUCUCCCGCCCAGCAAUACCAGCAACAGCAGCAGCAGGUCAUGGCUGCAGCACAGUACUCGGUCGUUCCCAAACCACAGGCUCCGCUUGGGAGGAGUGUCAGUUACAGGACCCCACCGCCGCAUCUCACGCCAGCCGCCCACGUCCCAACACCGCAGCAGCAAUUCGCCCAGCAAAUAGAUCCACAAAACAUUCCUCUUCCCUCGCAGCAAACUCGAGUAGGCCCGGCGCCGCGACCGCGCCAGAGGCCCCGUCAGAGCCAGGGCCCCGAUAUAGUUGCCAAGCUCAAUGCCAUCUGCACGAAUGCGGACCCCACACUCAGGUACCGCGAUCUGAACAAGAUCGGCCAGGGUGCUUCUGGCGGCGUGUUCGUGGCUUGGGAGGUGGACACGAACAAGUGCGUGGCUAUCAAGCAGAUGAAUCUGGAACAGCAACCCAAGAAGGACUUGAUUAUCAACGAAAUUCUAGUUAUGAAGGACAGCAAGCACAAGAACAUUGUCAACUUCAUGGACAGCUUCCUUCUGAAAGGCGACUUGUGGGUCGUCAUGGAGUACAUGGAGGGCGGAAGCUUGACGGAUGUUGUAACAUUCAACAUCAUGAGCGAGGGCCAGAUUGCCGCUGUCUGCAGAGAGACUCUGCACGGGCUGCAACAUCUCCACUCCAAGGGCGUGAUUCAUCGAGAUAUCAAAUCCGACAACAUUCUCUUAUCCCUGGAAGGCAACAUCAAGCUGACCGAUUUUGGAUUCUGCGCACAAAUCAACGAGAACCACAACAAACGGACGACCAUGGUCGGCACUCCAUACUGGAUGGCUCCCGAGGUGGUCACCCGGAAAGAGUACGGCCGAAAAGUCGACAUCUGGUCGCUGGGUAUCAUGGCCAUCGAGAUGAUCGAGGGAGAACCGCCAUAUCUCAACGAAAGCCCUUUGCGAGCACUCUGGCUCAUUGCAACAAACGGCACGCCAGCGAUCAAAGACGAGCACGCUCUAUCGCCCGUAUUCCGAGACUUCCUAGCAUUCUCGCUCAAAGUCGAUCCGGAUAAGCGUGCAAGCGCUCACGAUCUCCUAGUGCAUCCAUUCAUCCAAACCGCCGAACCUCUAGGCACGCUAGCACAGCUGGUAAGAGCUGCACGAGCAGCAAGAGCCGAGGAGAAGCGCAGGAAGGGUGGUAUGUGA